UUUCCCUUGUGAGCAUUCUUGCUAAUUUUUGCUGCAAAUUAGGUUAAGAAAUUUAAUAUCCCCUUAAAGCAUAGAUAUUCAUAGAAUUCUGAAUAAAAUAGGAAAAUGAGCUAAAUUAUCAUGAGCUGUGCUUGUGUGAUGGUUUAGAGGGGGCUGCAUUCAGAAUAGGCCUCCUGUACAAAAAGGCUGCUCAUCUGCCUUCUGAACCUUUCCCAUAGAGGAUCAGAACCACCACAGGAGAGGCCUGGUACCGAAUUUAUUUUUUAUUAAUCUUGCCCUUGCAGUCUUAAGGAACUGGUGCUAGGACUGCGGUUCAGUCGUGUCAUCUAUCUUUAUGUAAGCCUUUGUGCAAGCAUCGGAGGGCCUGAGAGGUUAAUUUGGCCAGUGGGAGGGGGACAGGAGUGAUGUGAAUAACGGAUCCUUCCAGAAGUUUGGAAGGACUCCAGGGGUGCCAGGUUGUUCUUUAGCGCUUCAGGCAACAAAGGGGGAUGACUAAUUCCAGAUAGUCUAGAUAGCGAGAAUCAGAGUUCAGCCAUAAGGUUUUGUUUAAGAAGAAGGUCUGGCGGGGUCAUGCUCUGCGUUUUGAAGUUCCCCACUUGAAAUAGCAAUUAAUUGACUUAAACUCAGCUGUUGUCUUACAGGUACUAGUAGGUGUUAAAACUAGCAGCCUGGCCAAAUUGUAGUCAAGUAGCUAAGUAACUAACUCCGGACAGCAUCUGUGCAACAUUACUGGAUGUAUGGACUAUCUAAGGGUGCAUCAGCUGUGUUGUCAGGCAUGCUCUCAGUAAAAGAUGGCAAAGAUAUGUGUGUGUGGAUUCGUGGGAGGACACAGACGUUCUUUUUUUGGUAGAUGGGUGCUGAGCUGAGAAAUGGCAGUCAGCAGAGCAAAGCAGCAUUAAAUGGCUUUUAUCUAAACAAAGUGUACAGGCAGCUGCAGCUCAUUGACUAAUGAGGAAUGAAGAAAAGGGCAGCACAAAUGAGUGUUGCUCUGUGAAAGCCAGUCUAAAAGUCACAGCAGCUUUUGAGAGAGCUGCUGUCAGCAGAGUGUUUACUCUUUCUGGGAGAAAGAAGCCUUCCUGGGCAUUCACUAAAACCUUAAAAAAAAAAUCAAACCACUACAGCUGUUUCAUAGCAUUUGCUAUUAUAUUUCAGGAGAUGGGCACUAAGCAUGCACUGUACCACGUGUAGAGUGUAUAGGCUUCACUAUUCUAAAAGCCUGGGUUUCUUCUUAUGGCUUUAUGGGAUUCAUGACAAUGCUGAGAAUGUGGCGAAAAAGUGACCAUCAGCUCUGUCGGGUGAAGCGCUGAACUUGAAUCUACUUUUGCAUCCUGAGCCCCAACACGUAGGGAAUACGUAGAACCCAAAAUUAUGAUUUCUUUACACAGCCCUGCCUUACCCCUGAGAGUCGGUGUGUAGCUGUUUGUCUAAGUCUAUAGGUGGUGCUAAAGCAGUAACAACCUCAAUGGUGCCUCAGAUAUUUUGCAAUGUCCUAGUCUGAAUUUUUUUUGCAAGCAUAGAGGCGGUGUGAAGAGAGGUAGGCUUUUUUCCUAGUAGUAGUUGUAAGGUGAUGUGUGCCAAGAUAAGCAAGAUAAAUUGUUGAACAAAGUGCACCUGCAGUAGAACGCUGCUCAUUUUCACCAAGGAGCAGGCUGGGGAGAGCACACUUGCAGAGCCUUGAUCUUUGGGGGUUCUGAAGGCUGGAAAAAGCACAAAUCCCAACAUUUUCACCAUGAAGAGUUCUAGAAAUGUCUUCUGUCUUCUCUUCUUUCAUGCUGCUCUCAGCCUGGAACGUAUCCGGUGGUGCACUGUCUCUGAGCAAGAACUUUCCAAGUGUAAUGACAUGAGUAAGGCCUUUGGUGGGGCUGGCAUCCUUCCCCCCCUGGAGUGUAUAGUGGGGGGGUCAGCUGCCAACUGUACCCAGAUGAUCAAGGAUGAUUUGGCAGAUGCAGUGACACUGGAUGGCCGUUUGAUUUACCAGGCUGGAAAGGAGCAUGGUCUGAAACCUGUGGUUGGGGAAGUAUAUGAUCAAGAGAUUGGAACUUCCUAUUAUGCCGUGGCUGUGGUAAGGAAGAGCUCCAACAUCACCAUCAACAGCCUGAAGGGUGUUAGUUCAUGUCACACAGGCAUCAACAGAACUGCAGGCUGGGAUGUGCCAGUGGGUUAUCUAAUUGACAGUGGGCGUCUGGCAGCGGUGGGAUGUGACCUUCCGAAAGCUGUAAGUGGUUAUUUCAAUGCAAGCUGUGUUCCUGGAGCAAAUGGUGUAAACUACCCCAAAUCGCUCUGUCAGCUCUGCAAAGGGGAUUUGGCUGGGCAGAACAAAUGCAAACGAAAUUCCCAAGAGCAAUACUAUGACUACAGUGGGGCUUUCAGGUGUUUGGCUGAAGGUGCUGGAGAAGUCGCUUUUGUGAAGCACACCACAGUUCCUGAAAAUACAGAUGGAAGAAGUCUUUCUUCGUGGGCCCAGCAGCUUCUUUCCCAGGACUUCCAGCUUUUGUGCCGUGACGGCAACACAGCUGAUGUGACAGAGUGGAGAACCUGCCACCUGGCCCGAAUCCCAGCUCGUGCUGUGGUUGUGCGGCCUGACACAGAUGGGACAGUUGUCUUCCAGCUCCUGAACAAGGGACAACAAAGAUUUAGUGGGCUAGACACCAAGUUUCAGAUGUUUGACUCCACAGCCUACGGUGCCCAGAACCUUCUGUUCAGAGACUCCACCACAGCGCUCGUGGCAAUCACAGCUCAGAAUUACCAGGCAUGGCUGGGGGAUGAGUAUCUUCAUGCCAUGCAAGCUCUGAGCUGCAACCCCAACACAUUGCCAGAAAGCCUGAACUGGUGUGUUGUAUCCACUGAGGAGAUUUGGAAAUGUGGUGAAAUGGCCAUUGCCUUUAACAAAAAGAAUUUGAAACCAGCAAUUCAGUGUGUUUCAGCCGAGACAAAGGAACAGUGCAUGGAGCUGAUCCAGAAAAAGGAAAGUGAUGCUGUAGUUCUGGGUGGAGCUGAUAUUUACACAGCUGGGAAGACAUAUGGCCUUGUACCAGCUGCUGGAGAAAGUUACUCUGCUGAUGACACCAGCAAUGCAUACUAUGCUGUGGUGUUAGUGAAGCGAAAUCUGUCCAAUGCAUUCACCAUCAGCGACCUGAAAGGGAAGAAGUCCUGCCACACAGGGUUCGGGAGAAACGCUGGGUGGAAUAUCCCCAUUGGUAUACUAAUUAAGAGGGGCAUUAUUAAGGCCAGAGACUGUAAUAUUCCUCAAGCUGUGAGUGAGUUUUUCUCUGCCAGCUGCGUGCCUUCAGCUAAGCAAGACAAUUACCCAUCAAAACUCUGUGAACUGUGUAUUGGAGACAAUAGUGGAAACAAUAAAUGCAGUGCAGGUAGCCAAGAACGUUAUUACAGCUACAGUGGAGCCUUCAGGUGCCUGGCACAAGAUGCUGGGGAUGUGGCCUUUGUGAAGCACUCGACAGUGUUUGAGAACACAGAUGGCAAGAAUACUGAGAGUUGGGCCCAAAAGUUGAAGUCCAGUGAUUUCCAGUUACUGUGUCCAAAUGGUGCCCGGGCUGAAGUCACCCAGUUUGCUGAGUGUCACCUGGCUCAGGUGCCAGCUCAGGCCAUUAUGGUUCACCCAGAUACCAGCAUUUUUGCUCUCUAUGGACUACUGGAUGAAGCCCAGGUCUACUUUGGAAACAGCAGCAAUGGAAAUGGAUUCAAAAUGUUUGAUUCUUCAACUUUUCAAGGAAAAAACUUGAUCUUCAAGGAUUCUGCUGUUGAGAUUGUGCCAGUAGGAGAGAGGCGGACCUAUGUAGAAUGGCUGGGGAGUGAAUAUAUUGAUUCCCUUGAAGGGAUGCAAACACCACAGUGCUCUGGGGCAGGUAGUAGGAUAAGACAACACCUACUCAUGACUACUGUCAUUCCCCUUCUUAUUUUAUGUCAGAUACGAGCCUUGGACUAGCAUGGCUCAAAUGGCAACUUCCAGGCCACCUCUGGCCUACCACCCCUUCUUCAGAUAGGCUGCUGUAUGGAUUACGUGUCGUGCUAACAUUUGGAUGCCUCUUCCUGCCUCUUUUCAGGGCAAGUGCUAACAGCACCUGCUUGUCAGGGGAGUGGGGUGGGCCUGGAAGCUGCCGCUGGCCAGGUGGAUGGGGUGGAAUUUUGGGCAGAAGCCAGCAAUACAGUGUCAGCAUGGUUUACAAGAUCAGACCAAAACUGGAGCACCUUUGCCAUCGUUGCUGAUGUUGAACCACCCUGGGCUGGAGGAUUCCCAGAUGCAGUUAUAUGGAUACUGGGUUUCUGACCUGUAGAAGAAUUUCUGCACCUUGGAAGGCAGUAUCAAAAAUCUUGUCUAGUGAAUCCUCUCUGGCCUCCUGGCUGGUUACACUCAGAUUCCUACCUCCCUGCUUAUCCCAUCCUACCAUUGCUGGGGGCAACAGAUCCCCCGAGCUCUGCUGCCAGAAGAGGUAAGUGCACAGAGGAUGGACAGGCUGUGGACAGAGAGAUGACUUGCAGUCCAGAAUACAGCUUCUGCCACGGGCAAGGUCCUCCACCUUCCAGCAGAAGACAGUAGGGGGAAUCUCAAGGUCACUGGACAAAAAAGGCGGCCAGAGAGACUUGGAGGGACUACCUGCUGGCAGAGGAAAGAAUGAAGCCAAAUGUGUGCAUCCACUGAGCUUGUCGACUUUCCACAACCAGUGCUCUCUGCUUGAGAGAGAUGUCAUCUGCCCUGGGAUCUUUAAUUUCAUGCUAUCUCCAUCAAGAAACUUGUGGCUGUUGUCCUACCUGGGGUUAGCUGAGUGCCUGUGCAUAAAACUUGUAUUUGCUGUUAGUGAAACAGAGUAGUUCACUUCUGAUUAACUGUUUCUGUACCUACUGGCUAGUAGCUUUCAGUUUUUAUUAUCUGUAGCUGCAAUAACAACAAACGUUGCUGUGCUGCUGCAGGCAGUGUCCUCCUGACUACACCUACCACCUCAUGAUGCUGCAAUGAAAAGACAUUCAACAUAAUUUUAAAAACCCUGGUAAAACUAGAUUAUAAUGAUGUAAAUAAAUGAAAACUAAUAAAUAAACAUGAGAAGUAAUUACAAUUUA